UUGAUUUAGUAGACAACAUUGCCAGAACGACGACAGUGCCAGUGUUAGUGCCUGUGAUGUGAUGAACUCUGACCUGGGACCAUGUGGACACAGACGGAUGGAUAUUUAGUGCCCUGCGCCUAUUUCAUUGCUUUACUGGACUUUAUAUCCGCUCUGCUCUUUGCAAUUAUCUCCGGAUUGGUAUUCUACAAGCAUGGCAAUGGCUCCGCCUUGGUGGCAUUGUUAUUCACCUUUUUUUGGAUCAUCAUCAUCAUAGUACUGGGGGCAGGCAUCUACAGCCGGAAGUCAAAACUGGUACGCUUUUGGUUGAUCUUCACCUGUCUGGGCAUUAUUCUGGACGGACUUAUCCUGAUCUAUGGCCUGAUUAUGGCAUUAGCCGUGAGCUGCGAUGGUGUGAGAAUCACAGUGCUGCCUUUCGCAGGACUGGCUGUGGAAAUGACAUUUGUAUACAUUGUUUAUCUAUUUUAUCCAUUUUUGGAAAUGGAGUCGGAGUCGGAACAAUUAUGUGAGCAGGAAAGUAAUACUUGCUGCAGAUCAACUGCUGGAUUUGCAAUGGAAUUUGAGGAUGAAGUCGAACAGAAAGAAAAGCCUCUUAAUCGCAAGGAACUGAAGCGUUUGGAGAAAAUUUCGAGGGAGCGUAUGAAGAAGGAAAAGGCUGCUCUGAAAGAACUAAAAAAACAAAUGCGAAAUACGAGUUAGAUAUCCUUAUCAUAUAUUUU